AAGGAGCUGCUCUCUCACAGUAUAGCAGUGCCGCUGGAGAGCUCUCUCGUCGUCCGCAAGCUCCAGCCAAAAAGAAAAAAAAAAAGAAAGCCGUGACAUCUAACGUUUUAUUUUAAUUUUAUUUAUUCGCGUCUCAUCUAAUUUUCACCUCAAACAAGAUGUAACUUGCCGUUUCCACCUUAAGUAUAUUCAUGCAUUUGGAAAAAGCCGGGAGUGAGUGCGCAGAGACGAGAAGCCGAGCUGUUUUGGCGAAUGGAAGUUAUUGUUGUGAAUUUGUUUUGACUAUGUUAUGCCCAAGUGAGUUUGGGUUCAGUCCAUCUCUGCUCGUCGUCGACCCUUAAAUUUGGGAUUUAUAUCCAGAUAGUCGAGGGAAACGCCGAAGGAGGAUUCUGCAAAGCCAGCAAGCUUUUCCUACAGAGCCGGGGAUUUAAAUCGUCAUUUGGUGGUGCUCCGGGAGAGGCGAGAGUCAAAGAAAGAAAUUCAUGUGGCCAUUCUCUUUAUAGCCAAACAUUUUGGGGAUUGCAUAAUGAGCAAAGAAAGACCUAAGAGGAAUAUCAUUCAAAAGAAAUAUGAUGACAGUGAUGGGAUCCCGUGGUCAGAAGAGCGGGUGGUGCGCAAGGUGCUCUACCUUUCCCUCAAGGAGUUUAAGAGCGCACAGAAACGGCAGCUGGAUGGAGACGGAACCUCAAACCCAAAUGGUUCCUUGGCCAAUGGGCAGCUGAAUGGCUCGGGGUCAAAGGGCAGCCACAAAGAAGAUGGCUCCUUACGCUCCCAGGGUCUGGAUGGGAGCAGCGAGUACUCUGAGGAUGGUCCUGCUAAGAAGAGACCGCGGCUCCAGGCCCAGAGGAAGUUUGCCCAGUCGCAGCCCAACUCGCCCAGCACCACACCCGUCAAAGUGGCUGACCCAGGCAUCAUCAGCGCGAGCCUGCCCACCAUGCCCUCCUCCUCCUCCUCCCUCUCGUCCCUCUCCUCCUCCCUGUCCUCCUCCAUCCAGGAUCUGUCCAGACGCAAGCCCAAGACAGAGGACUUCCUCACUUACCUCUGCCUCAGAGGUUCGUCGGCCCUGCCCAUUAACAUGGCCUACUUCGGGAGCUCCCAGGAGGAGGAGGACCUGGAGGAGGAGGAGGAGGAAGAGGAAGAGGAGGUGAAGAGCGGAGGCAGUGUCCAAGCCCACGGAGGAGGGAGCAGUAGCCAGGCCUCAGCCUCCUCCUCCUCCUGCCACUCGACGCCCCGCAAGGGCAAGCCCCCGACCCGACAGCCCCUCAACGGGCACGUGUUCAACAGCCAUGGUAAAGCAGGGACCAGGGAGAGCCCACGGCCCAAAGCAGGAACCCACGGCAGGGAGACGCCUGCCCCGCCACUGCCGCCUCCUCCGCCUCCACCUCCGCCCCUCCUGAGGGAGCGCAGCGAGCGGGCGGAGGCGCGGGAGCACGCCAGAGAGCAGCAGGCCUUGGCCAGCAGCAGAGCCUCGGCCGCCAACGGACUGCCACCCAGGAGAGCUGCCGAGGAGCUACGCAAGCAGGUUUCUAAAGUGAAUGGGCUGAUGCGGUCGGGCUCGGCACAUGCUGCUGGCGGUGCCAAAAAGAGCCGCGACUUCCGACUGCCGUCCAAAACUGUGAAGAAGUACACAGCCACCGUGUCCAAGGGCCACGUCACCUACACCAAAGCCAAACAGAGAGAACUGGGCAAGAAAACCAAACUCAGCAGCAACAAACACAACAACAGCAGCGCCACCACGGCACCGUCGUCAGCGAACAAUCACAAUCAGCACAGCCAGCCAGCAGCCAGCAAUGGGCUGGCUAACUCAGGAAAAGCAGCGGCGCCAGCCCACCGCAGCAAUGCAAAAACCCGCAAACAGGUGCUACUAUCCAAUGGGCUGCACAAGGUGGCUGCCAGCACCCGCCUCAACGGCAGGCUGAACGGGCAGCGGCACAACACCCUGGCCAAGGACGGGCAGAGGCAGGGCCAGCCGGAGUGCCCGGGCCGGGAGGGGCUGCGUAACUCCAAGCGGCGUCUGGAGGUGGUGCUCAACUCGGUAGGGACAGGAAGCAUCGAGCAGAAGGCCAAGCCCCCUGUUACUGAGGCCAAGAAGGCCAAGCUUCAGCCCGCCCCUCUGGAGACACGCAGCAGCAGUAAGAAGGCAGCCAAUCAGGAGAAAGCUGCCGCCCAGACCACCACCCCCACCACUCCAGUUGCUAAUGGACAUGCGUCGGAAACGCCACCUCACCCUUCCCCAACUCCGCCUGUCACCCAACUCCCACCUCCCCCGCCAUCUCCUCUGCCUCCUCAACAAACCCCGCCUCCUUCUACACCAGCAACCAAUGCGGAGCCGGUGAACCAGCGACCCAAGCGGGCGUCAGCUGGCAAGCUGAUGUUGAUUCGACAAGCACAGCAGCAGCAGAGUAGGUCCCACGGUCGGAGCUCCUCCUCUUCCUCCCCAUUAUCGGGCCAGAAUCACCCACAGAACCCCAGUCGUACCAGCACUACCUCAGACCCCCAGCAAACCUCGGCCUCCUCAUCUGUCACCUCCUCCCCGCCUACUUCGUCCUCCAACCCUGGACAGCUCAAACCACCAGCGCUGCGGCCUGCCAACCGCGACAAGGAGUGGGAGCGUGAGAAGGAGAUGACGCGCCAGCAGGAGCGAGAUCAGGAGAAGGAGCGGGAGCGGGAGCGCAGCAGGCCUGAGGGCUGGGCAGCAUUGGGCGAGGUCCCCGUCUUCCGGCCAGCACCACGGGAGUUCCAGGACCCCCUGGUGUACCUGGACGCAGUGAGGGAACGGGCCGAGGCGGCUGGGAUGUGCCGCGUUGUGCCGCCACCCGACUGGCGGCCGGAGUGCAAGCUGAGCGAGGAGAUGCGCUUCGUCACACAGGUGCAGCGGGUCCACAAGCUGGGCAGGCGCUGGGGCCCCAAUGUGCAGCGGCUGGCCUGCAUCCGCAAGCACCUCAAAUCUCAGGGCAUUAUCAUGGAUGAGCCCCCUGUCAUCGGCGGCUGCGAGGUGGACCUAGCGCGUUUCUUCCAGCUCAUCAACGACAUGGGCGGCAUGCAGCAGGUGAUGGACCUGAAGAAAUGGACCAAGCUGGCCGACCUCCUGCGCAUCCCCAAGUCAGCGCAGGACCGACUGGCCAAGUUGCAGGAGGCCUACUUGCAGUACCUGCUCUCCUAUGACUCGCUCAGCGCUGAGGAGCGCCUCCGGCUGCAGGCCGAGGUGCUGCAGGAGAAAAACAACCUGGAGUUGCGCCGGGGCCCGCUGGAGGGCCACUCGGACUCCUCGGCGCCCAACGCGCUGGCACUGCCACGCUAUGAGCCCAAGAAUGGGCUUGCAGGUGGGAUGGUGGGAGGGGCGGCAGGACACCACCGCGCCAACGGAGUGUAUCACCGUCUGAAGGAGCUGCAGGCUCAGGUCAAAGCGGGCCGGCGCCGGCUCUUCGCUCAGGAAAAACAAGGCAAGGAGGACAGGCAGCAUGGGGAGGAAGAGGAGGAGGAGGAAGAGGAGGACAGAGGUGUUCUCAGUGACCAGCACAAGUGUAUUUACAAGGGGAAAUCGGUGUCCUUGACCAACUUUUUCAGGAUAGCCCGGAACACCAUGACCAUGUGCUUUAACAAGGAGCCCGGGGCCGCUGAGGUUGAGCAAGAGUACUGGAGGAUUGUGGAGCAGAGAGACUGCCACGUAGCAGUGCAUUAUGGGAAGGUGGACACCAGUACACAUGGGAGUGGUUUCCCUACGGGAAAGUCAGAGCCAUUUUCUAAACAUGGAUGGAACCUCACCGUCCUCCCCAAUAACUCUGGAUCCAUUCUGAGGCAUCUGGGUGCUGUGCCUGGGGUGACCAUUCCCUGGCUAAACAUUGGCAUGGUCUUUUCUACCUCAUGCUGGUCUCGAGACCAAAACCGCCUUCCAUAUAUCGAUUACUUACACACUGGUGCUGACUGCAUUUGGUAUUCUGUCCCUGCUGAGGAGAAGGCUAAGCUGGACAAGGUGGUCCAUACACUGCUUCAGGCCAAUGGCACCCCAGGACUAGAGAUGUUGGAGAAAAAUAUCAUGAUCUCUCCCGAGGUGCUGUGCCGCGAGGGCAUCAAGGUUCAUCGCACGGUCCAGCGGAGCGGCCAGUUCGUGGUCUGCUUCCCUGGUGCCUUCGUCUCCAAGGUGUGCUGUGGCUACAGCGUGUCAGAGACGGUGCACUUCGCCACGCCGCACUGGAUGAACCUGGGUUACCAGGCCGCAAAGGACCUGAAAUGCCGUCGCAUAGCCAAGCCCUUCUCCAUGGAGAAGCUACUGUACCAGAUCGCCACAGCCGAGUCCAAGAGGGACAACGGCCUUCUCCUUACCACCAUCUCCGCCCUACUCAAAGACCUCAGGAACAUAGAGAUGCGUCAACGGCAGGAACUGUACAAGGCGGGCCUGCUCUCCUCAGCCCGCUACGGCACCCAUGACAGCAGCCUGGGGCCCGGCGAGGGCCGCAAGAAACCCCGUGGCAAGUGGCUGGCACUGGAGUCCUCAGAGAGACGCUGCCAGACCUGUCAGCAUCUCUGCUACCUGUCCAUGGUGGUCCAGGAGACCGACAACGUGGUCUUCUGUCUGGAGUGUGCCCUGCGCUACGUGGAGAAGCACAAGUCCUGCAGAGGCCUCAAGAUGAUGUAUCGAUACGAUGAGGAGCAAAUCAACAGUUUGGUGAACCAGGUGUGCGGCCGGGCCAUGGUGAAGAGCGGAGGUGUAGGAGGAGGCGGAGGCGGAGGAGGAGGAGGAGGAGGAGGAGGAAGAGUGGGGGACCCCUGCCACAGCCCCAGCCCCAUGAAAGCGUCACCGGCCAAGCGAGGCCCCCGCAAGCGUGCCACCGUGGAGGUUUCCCUGGCACGUCUGUCCUCCAGCCACAUGCCCAAGGCGGCGGCCGUGUCCUGAGGGGACGCCUCCACCUCACCACCCCGUAACCCCCCUCCCCCACCUCCUGCCGCCCCUUUCUCCCUCACCCCUCCUUCUUUUCAGUUCACCAGAAUCACUAUCAAUCCCCCCACCAACACCCCUGCCCCAUAUUUAAAAACAAUGUAUUGUUUUUGAGCUUUUAACCCCUUCCUUCGCCUGACUUCACCUUCCAAAAAAUUAAAAAAAAAACUAUUUCACCUUAUUCACCUCCCCCCUUAGUAGGGCUGGGCAAUAAAACAAUAACAAUUAUCGCAAUAUAUUUUUCAUCAAUAUAGAUUAAUAAAAAAAUGUUCAAUGAAAUGUCAGUAAAUUUCAACAUAAUUAUCUUCUGUGCUGGAUGCACCCAUAGCCAAUCAUGUGGCCAGAACAGACAGCAGGCACACAAAUGGCAGCCAAUCACGUGGCAGGGAGAGAGAGCGGUCCAGCUUCUGGUUUCUUCUGAUUUCUCUCAGAAGACAAAACUAGCUUUCAAAUGUCACCUAAUAAUUAUCUGAUGUUUAUCAAGAUAAUUAUUGAUAUCGACAGAUAUGAUACAUUUUUAUUGUGAUAGCAUUUUUGGCCAUAUCGCCCAGCCCUACCCCUUAGUAUGACAAGUUUGUUUCUUAGAAAAAAAGAAAGAAAAAAACAAAAAGCAAGAUGUCUUUUUUGCACUAGUGUGAAAGAAGAAUUUGUUUUUAUUUUUGGAUGAUUUUAGAGUUUUUCUUUCCCUCCCCUUAAGUCGUCCAUUACAAGCAUUAAGUGUAAAGUUCACAGGUAGACUUGAUGGGCCCUGUAUUAUCCUUAACCCCCACAUGCCUCCACCCCCGCCCCUGAAAUAGGUGAAAUUUGUUACCUUUUUCUCCCUCCUCUUGCCACCCUUGACUGCAAACCCCCUCCCAAUCCUUCCUCAUCACGUGUCACUCAACUGUGAACAUGGGACGAACGACAAGGCGGUCUUCUAUUUUUUUUUUUCCUCCCAGUUUUCUCUAAAAUUGAAAUGACACCAAGUAGUUACCCAAAGUUUCUCUCUGUCCUUGGUUUGGUCCUUGGAGGAAGAGGAGUCCUUUUUUUAUUAUUCGUUUUACUCUGUCUUGAUGCAGCUCCUGCAAUUAUUUUUAUUUUAUUUUUUUUGAAAACAUGGGGUUGGUGACGCGAGGUAAAAACUUGAAAGACAGACGAUGUUGGUUUAUUGUUGGUUGGCUUUGCUUUUUUUCAAGUUCUAUUUUGAUUUUUAGCUUUGUUUUUUGCUAGGUUUUUUGCAAGAAGUCUUCUGUGUAUUUUAUUUUGUCAUUGUGGAUGUUUCUUUUUGUCGGUGGAUGUGAGAGAGGGCAGAGCUACAGCUGCUUGACCUCGGAAAGGUCACCGCUCGCCUCACUUCCUGGUAGUAUGGAGGGAUCCCUCCUUCGCUAGCAAGUGAAAACUGUGCCUGAUACUUAGCGAGGAGAUCCAUUUUUUUGGUGCUGUUGGUUAUUAUUACUGUAUAACAAUACAAAAAGAAAAAUCUGGGGGUUUGCGCCUGCUAUCGGCUACCAGCUAGCUCACGCACCCCCGUUCCACAGGGCAGAGAGGCUUUCAGGCUUUUCUGGUUCUAGAUGUGCAAUCGUGUUAACAUUCCAUUCUUCCAGUCCUCUUGUUUCAUCUGUAUCAGUAAACAUUAAUUAUUAUAUUAUAUUAUUAUUAUUAUUUUGUGUUUUUUGACUUUUUUUGAUCUGAUGUGCUAUCUCAAGUAGAGCCACUAGUCAAAGAGUGUAAAAUGUGAAAUAUGAAAAAUCCAAGGUAUUUUUUGUUUUUGUUUUGUUUUUUGUUUUUUGUUUUUUUUUUUUCCUUUUACUGUCCUUUUGUUUUUUGGCUUUUGCAUUUUUUCCCUUCUCCAGAUGUAUUAUGAGUGAUUUUUAGAGAGAGAAAAAGUCCGACACAAACAAAACAUCAACUUUUUUUGUACAUAAUCCUGUAAAUUUCUUUAAAUACUUGAGCCUUUUUCUGGGGUUAAGGAAGGAAAGAAGGAAGGAAUAGAGAAUAGAGAAAAAGUUCCAGAGGGGAGUGCUUGAUGAAGAAAAAGCCUUACAUUACCCUUUCUUCAUCUGUGUGAGUUUGAUGCUUACAGGGUUGCUCUGGUAGACAUGUAUAAAAAUUUUAAGUGCUGCUUAUAUCACUAAGAAAGAAGAUAUGGAGUAGCAACCGACCGCCCCCCAACCUAGUUUUGUUUGUUUAGCUUUACUUUUUUAAAGAAAAGGGAAAAAAAGAUAUGUUCACAAAAAAAUGGGUUUUUACAUUUUCAUUACUGAAAAUUCAACAAAAAUGUAGUAGCUACUCAUGUUGCACUGAGCUUGCCAGUGGUGACUGUCAAGGAAAAAUCCUAUAAUCCAGUUUGUUGGUUGUCGUCCCUUGCAGAAGACUGAACUGUUUUAGGACUAUUUAAUGAAAUACCAAGUCGGGUGUUUUCAACAUUAAAAGAAAAAAAAAAAGUGGUUGUCAAGUUUUUAUGGCCUUACAAUAUAUUUUAUUCUGAUGGGAUUUUUUUCUUUGUUUUGCAGUCCUUUUUUUGUUUGUUUGUUUCUUCCAUUUUCUACAGUAUAAACUACUUGCUCACAGUGGGGUCUCUAUGACAACUUAAUUUAUUAGUGCCGCAUCUCGGCCUUUCCCUACACUCGGAAAGAAAGUCUCAUGUUGGUUAUAUUGACAGUUUUUUACUUUUGCAGUUUGUACUUAAGGUUUAAUAAAAACUUACCGACAAUUCACUGUCA